AUGUCCUCCAAUACCCCCCUGUACGCUAUCCCAAUCAGCAAGCGCCCUCCAAAUACAUGGCUUAGGUUCUUCCAAGCUUUCCUGUUCACCAUUCUCUUCAAUUCAGCAUGCAUUAUGAUCAAUGGCUCUCAAUUCGUGUUCCUGCUGCCGUUCCGCAUUCUACCUUUUAGAUGGUCACGAAAGCUGUACUAUGCUGGUAUACGCUAUACAAAGGGUGCAUUUGGAAGUCUACAGAUUCUCAUGUGCCAGUGGUUUGCUCCGACAAAGCUGCUCAUAACAUUCGAAACUCAGGGCAUGGGCGCGUUCACUCAGGAAGAGAUAGACAAGUACAUUUUAAAGGAUAAGGAGGGCAAUGCAGUUGGGCUAGAUUUGCCAACCAAGUUCGUACUCAUAGCCAAUCAUCAGGUCUAUGCAGACUGGUGGUAUGCCUGGUGUCUGACAUACUUCAUGAGCCCUCAAGGAAUUCACCGCUAUGUAUACAUAACCCUCAAGAAGAGCCUUCGUUGGGUGCCCAUUGUCGGAUGGGGCAUGCAAUUCUUCAAAUUCAUAUUCCUUGCCCGAUCAUGGGCUUCUGACCGACAACAACUGGCAAGAGAUCUUGCAACUUUGGGAAGAGAGGCAGAGAGAGAAGGAAAGCCAUUGUGUUUCAUGCUUUACCCUGAAGGCACUCUGGUCAGCAAGGAUACCCGACCGAAGAGUAAAAAGUACGCAGAGAAGAUGGGCAUAACAGACAUGAAGCACAUCCUGUUGCCAAGGUCUACGGGUUUGCACUAUAGCUUACGUUCGCUUGCCCCGAGAAUACCAGAUCUCCGACUUUUUGACCUGACAGUGGCCUAUCCUGGAAUUCCUCCUCUGGGUUAUGGACAGGAUUAUUACACUUUGAGGUCUCUCUUUUUCGACGGCGUGGCACCCCCGGCUGUCCAUAUACACAUCAGGAUGUUCGACGUCACAAAGGGAGUUCCAAUUGGAAACCUAUCAGGAACAACUAGUGCAGCAACACCAGACCCAAAGUCCAAGCGCAUAGUUGAGGUCGACAUUCCCAGUGACGAGAAGGAAGUAUUCGACAUAUGGCUCAGGAAGCUCUGGCAGGAGAAGGAUGACGGGAUGGACAAGUUCUUCGAGACAGGGUCGCUUGCCUCCAAAGGAGCACCAACGGUUGAAAUUCCUUUAAGACUGCGGCGGAAAAGAGAGAUUCUUGAUGCUUUCUGUUUCUUCUGGCCAGCGAGUGUUGCAUACUUGUGGGGUAGAUUACGAGGACUGGUGUCGAGGAACCGUUGGACGCAAUUGGAAAGACAGUUUUCCUCGCCUCUUGAGAAGCGGGUGGACGGCGUCCCGGUGACACAUCUUGAGAAAUGUAAGUUCCAGUAUCAGGCGAAACGAGAGAGCACAAACUUGUCCCAGCAAGUCACUCGUAUGAGCAAAGUGUCAAGAGAGAGAAGCUCGCACAAUUGCCUGUUGGGUUUCAAGAAAAGAAGCCAACUCUUUCUAAAGAACAGUGAGCACGGGAGCACGGGCAUGGAAGUUGAGGAAACUCACUUGAGUCGCCUCGUCGAAUUUUUCGGCCAUGAUGAUGGUGACCAAGUUUGA